AUGCGAUGCAACGUCCGAGCGAGACUAGCAUGGCAUUUGCUGACUAUCAUUACAAACAAAGCGAGGCUUCAUGGCCAUGCCCACGUUCGUGCCGGCCCAACUUCGGCAUCCGACUGUGUUGCCAGAGUCACCGGCCCAGGAACAUGUCCAGACGUUACAUUAGACGCAAGACCCUUGACAGCCUGGUCUCUUGUUGGCCGCUGGGCAUGGCAGUCAUUGACACCACAUGUGCUCCCCCGCCUUUCUGGCUUUUGGCUCGACUACCACGUGACGAACAUCCCCCUCAGCUUUUGA